AUGGCCGCUUCCUCUGCGUCUGCGCAGCGUGCGGACAACACCAGUGAAGAAAUACACCCAAUAAAGCACAACAUGGACCCUGAGGCUGAGGCAACAGAGGAAGAAACUCCCGAAACAAAAGUUUUAUCCGAAACACGGACCGAGUCAAAGGAAGUGUCUUUUAAAAAGCCAGUGUUCGCAGCUCCUUCUCUGUCCAAGCGAAGCGCAGUCAGGUCCGGGUCUGAGGCGAGGAAAGAGGACACAGUCAGGUCCGGGUCUGAGGCGAGGAAAGAGGACACAGUCAGGUCCGGGUCUGAGGCGAGGAAAGAGGACACAGUCAGGUCCGGGUCUGAGGCGAGGAAAGAGGACACAGUCAGGUCCGGGUCUGAGGCGAGGAAAGAGGACACAGUCAGGUCCGGGUCUGAGGCGAGGAAAGAGGACACAGUCAGGUCCGGGUCUGAGGCGAGGAAAGAGGACACAGUCAGGUCCGGGUCUGAGGCGAGGAAAGAGGACACAGUCAGGUCCGGGUCUGAGGCGAGGAAAGAGGACACAGUCAGGUCCGGGUCUGAGGCGAGGAAAGAGGACACAGUCAGGUCCGGGUCUGAGGCGAGGAAAGAGGACACAGUCAGGUCCGGGUCUGAGGCGAGGAAAGAGGACACAGUCAGGUCCGGGUCUGAGGCGAGGAAAGAGGACACAGUCAGGUCCGGGUCUGAGGCGAGGAAAGAGGACACAGUCAGGUCCGGGUCUGAGGCGAGGAAAGAGGACACAGUCAGGUCCGGGUCUGAGGCGAGGAAAGAGGACACAGUCAGGUCCGGGUCUGAGGCGAGGAAAGAGGACACAGUCAGGUCCGGGUCUGAGGCGAGGAAAGAGGACACAGUCAGGUCCGGGUCUGAGGCGAGGAAAGAGGACACAGUCAGGUCCGGGUCUGAGGCGAGGAAAGAGGACACAGUAAACAGCACAGACCUGCUCACAGACGCAGUCACUAAACCUCCGGACACUCAGCCCGAAGCCAAGCCUAAAGUGCAGGUGAAAUGUCCCCCGCCUGGAACACACCCCCCUCUGCCUUACACCGAACCCGCUUGGGGCAGCAUGGUUCCGGACGUCUCUUACUCUAUAGAAAUCCUCAAAAACGGAUCCAUUGUAAACACUAUUCCGCUCAAGGACAAGAGCUUCUUCGUUGUGGGCCGUCUGCCGGUGUGUGAGGUCGCCUUGGAGCACCCGUCCAUCUCACGGUACCACGCCAUCAUCCAGUACCGAGGGGAGUCCGGGGAAACGGGCUCUGUGGGCGAGGAGCGGGGCUUCUAUGUGCACGACCUGGGCAGCACGCACGGAACUGUCGUAAACAAGAACAAGAUCCCGCCAAAGACCUUCAUCAGACUCAGAGUGGGUCAUGUGAUCAAGUUCGGCGGGAGUACCAGGCUUUUUAUUCUGCAGGGUCCAGAGACUGAUGAGGAGGAGGAGUCCGAGUUUACCGUGACAGAGCUGAAGGAGCGCGCCCGAAAGCAAAGAGAGGAGCUGGAGAAGAGGAUGAUGGGAGCAGGUUCAGACGAUGAAGAGGAGGAGGAGGAGGAGGAGGAGGAGGAAGGAGAGAAUGGGGAAGAGCAGAAGAACCAGAGCAAACCCUUCAAAGGCGACUCCGGCUGCUCCUGGGGCAUCAUUGAUGACGCCGUCGCUGAAGAUGAAAACGAGGAGAACCCUUUUUCAACUGAAUUCCACGAGGAUCAGGAAGCGGCGUAUCUAAAAGACCCGAAGAAGACACUGCAGGGAUUCUACGACAGAGAAGGUGAAGAGUUAGACUUUGAGUACGAGGAGAAAAACUCGGGAACAUGGCUUUGCAGAAUAAAACUCCCGGUGGACGAUGCCAAAGGACGGCAGCUGGUGGCAGAGGUGACCAGCACCGGCAAGAAGAAGGAGGUGAUGGUUCAGUGUUGCCUGGAGGCCUGUCGGAUGCUGGAGGCCCGAGGACUGCUGCGACAGGAAGCAGUGUCUCGGAAACGCAAGAAGAAAAACUGGGAGGAUGAGGACUUCUACGACAGCGACGACGAUACCUUCCUGGACCGGACCGGAACAGUGGAACGGAAGAGGCAGGAGAGGAUGAAGAAGGCCGGGAAGAUAGCGGAGCGCGCCGAGACCUACGAGACGCUGUUGAUGAAACUCGCAGGAGUUGAAAAGGAAUUGGAAGAAUCUCAGAAAAAGCUCGACUCUGAAAGAAAAGGCUCCUCUGGCUCCACGGCGGAGGACCCUCUGGACGCCUUCAUGACGGCCGUUCGGAGCGAGGCAGCGAUGGACAACGUAGAGCGCCGUAAACUCCACGUUCAUGUUGCUGAUCUCAGAAAAGAGGUUCAGAGACUUCGCAAACUUGUGGAACUCACACGACCCGCUCAGCUACCGUCACUCCUGCCAAGUAGUUCAGACCCUGGAAAGGCCAAAAAGACCCUUCCUCUUUUCGGAGCGAUGAAAGGCGGGAGUAAAUUCAAGCUGAAGACCGGUACCAUUGGAAAACUGCCCCCGAAGCGCCCCAAUCUCCCCGCACAGCUCUUCAACAUGAAAGAACUGCCCCCGGACGUGGAGGAAGAGGAGGACGAAGAGGAGGAGAACAAGCAGAGAAUGGAGGACGGUGACAGUGAGGAUGAAGAAGAGUGUGUAAAUAUGAAUGAACCUGAAGCGGUAACCACGGCGACGGGAGAGAUGGAAGAGGAGGAACUGAUAGAGGAGAAGAAGAAGGGAGUACCAAAGCCCAGGCUAAAAGGGGCCAGUCCAAAAGAGCAGAAGUGUGAGUCUCAAACAGAAGCAGGAAAGAAAAGCUCCGUCCAAGAAUCUUCAGCGGAUCCGACUUCCUCAGAGUCCAGGCCUGAAGCAGAGACCGGUCCCAAACCGAAGAAGAAAGGCCCAGGCCGGCCGCCUGUGCCUCUCACUGGAGGGAAGUAUCCGGACGAUGACCCUGAUUAUUGUGUGUGGGUGCCUCCUGUCGGUCAGACUGGAGACGGCCGCACUCACCUAAAUGAAAAGUAUGGAUACUGA